AUGGCUUCCACCGCCGCCGCCCCCUCUCGUCCUUCUACCAUUCUAUUACUCAUCGUCCUCUUAGGACUACUCCGGCACGGCGGCGGGGCGCGUGAGCCAUUCGCUUGCGAUCCGAAUGACGCGGCGUCUAGUGGGCUGCCGUUCUGCAGGACGGCGGCGCCGAUUCCUGAAAGGGUAAAGGAUUUCAUCGGACGGCUGACAUUGCAAGAGAAGAUUCGAUUGCUGGUGAACAAUGCGGCGGGUGUGCCUCGCCUGGGGAUUCAGGGAUAUGAGUGGUGGUCGGAAGCCCUUCACGGCGUCUCAAAUGUCGGCCCCGGAAUUAAAUUCGGCGGCGAUUUUCCCGGCGCCACCGGCUUUCCUCAGGUCAUCACCACCGCUGCUUCUUUCAAUGCGUCACUUUGGGAAGCUAUCGGACGGAUAAUUUAG